AUCAACAAUACUCUCAAUCUUGGCGCUUACCUGCUCCAUGUGUACGACAACGAGCGCCUGACUACACAUCACAAAAUGCCGCCGAGGGUCCAUCUAGUCCGACAUGCAGAGGGUCUUCACAACGUCGGUCGAGAGUAUUGGGGUCUUACAGACCCUUCUCUGACUGACAAAGGCAGAGAACAGUGUCGACAGCUCCGAGAUAGCUUUGCCUUUCACUCGGAAGUCGAGCUUAUAGUCUCGUCUCCGUUAUGUCGCGCCAUCUCCUCAGCGGCCAUUGGCUUUGGGCCAGUUUUCGAAAGCCGACCCAGCACAAACUUAAUUCUGCUACCCGACCUUCAGGAGAUCAGCGAUUUUCCUUGUGAUAUCGGAAGCGAACUCGAAGAGUUGCUGGGAAAGACCGCAGAUCUCAAUAUUCCAAUCGACUACAGCUUUGUUGAAGAGUCCUGGACGAGCAAGAAUGACCGGUAUGCGCCCUCAAUUAAGGCAAUUCAAGACCGAGCGCAGGCCGUUCGACGAUGGCUAGCAAGCAGGCCCGAGAGUGAAAUUGUUAUUGUUAGCCAUGGUGCCUUCUUGCAUUUCUUGACGGAAGACUGGGAAGAUAGCUUUGUGGAAGAAGGUCGGUCUCGCGCGUCUCGCAGGUCGGCACAACAAAAUAGCCUACAUACUGACAUCUUGCCUGUUGGGAUAGCCACUGGAUGGGCUAAUGCAGAGUACCGGACAUAUAACCUUAACAGCCAACCGAAAUGCGACCUCGACGUGGCAUGUCACUUCAAUGAAAUCGCACUAGUUGAAACAAAAGAAUCUCGUUCUCGGCGUAGCAAGUUGAACUCAACGCCACCACGUGAGGAGCAAAUUGGACUACGUUUGGAAGCCCUCAAGGUGUGGGGACAGCAAGGAUACUUGUUCAGUGCAGCUGAAAGGGAAACGUCGAACGGUAUGGAUGAAAGAUAA